AUCAGGAAGGGGAGUUCGGAAGAACGCCAUAAAGGAAUUCAGGUCAUCGCGUAGCUUCGAUCGCGCCGAGUCUCGAUUUUGAUUUUCUCUCGCAUAGAAUAAUGCCGAAGGUGAAGACAAACCGUGUCAAGUACCCAGAGGGCUGGGAAUUGAUAGAGCCCACUCUUCGUGAACUACAAGGAAAGAUGAGAGAAGCUGAAAAUGACCCACAUGAUGGUAAGAGAAAAUGUGAGGCACUAUGGCCGAUUUUCAAAAUAGCACAUCAGAAGAGCCGUUAUAUUUUUGAUCUUUACCACCGGAGGAAAGAAAUAUCUAAGGAGCUGUAUGAGUUCUGCAUGGAUCAAGGCUAUGCAGACCGCAAUCUAAUUGCAAAGUGGAAGAAGCCGGGUUAUGAACGUCUCUGCUGCUUGAGAUGCAUGCAACCACGGGAUCACAACUUUGCCACCACAUGUGUUUGCCGGGUCCCCAAGCACCUAAGGGAGGAGAAGGUUAUAGAGUGUGUGCAUUGCGGAUGCAGGGGCUGUGCAAGUGGCGACUGAUGGGUAUCUCUCCUUUCUACCAUGAAAUAGAUGCUUGGACUGCCAUUGUUGUAUUCAAGUUAUCAUAUCAACAUGUUUUACCUGGCAAUCUUUGUAGACGGUAACUGAAUCCUCUCUCCCCUAGUUGAGCCCUUGCAACUCAAGUUACCAUGUAUUUUUAUUAACCAGCUUCCGGUUACUGAAUGGUAUGCAUGAUUAUGAUCAAACAUGAUGUGAAGCAUAUAAUUCAGAAACUCAACUUAGAGUUCUAAUGUUGCAGCAGAUGAUGUUUAAUAUUUUCCUUUUCAAAUGUUGGUAAGCAUUACUUGUCUUAA